GCCAAGCACAAGCACCGGACAAUCUUAGCGAGCGGAAGUACCUCAACUUCUGUGGUCCGGGCGGCCAAACUACAUCUAAAGAGUGCACAACACGAUGGCUCACAGGUUGCUCGUCCGGAGAAUUUGGACCGUGUCUGUGAGGGACGUGCGCUGCCCCCGUGCCCCAUCAUCCGCCCUCUAUUCCACUUCACUGUGCUCCUCGGCAAGCCCACAACCCCUUCUGUCGCCCCGGCGUUCGCUCCCACGAGCCCUACCCGUCACUGCCCGCCGUGAGGUCUCCUUCAAUGUUCAGGACCAGGAGGAUUUCACCGAAAGGGUCAUCAACAGCGAAUUGCCUGUGGUCAUAGACUUCCAUGCCCAAUGGUGUGGACCUUGUAAGAUCCUCGGGCCCAGGCUAGAGAAAGCCAUUGCCAAACAGAAGGGUCGAGUUACCAUGGCCAAAGUUGACAUUGACGAACACACUGACCUUGCCAUAGAGUAUGGGGUGUCAGCCGUUCCUACGGUGAUCGCCAUGCGGGGAGGCGACGUCAUCGACCAGUUUGUGGGGAUCAAAGAUGAAGACCAGUUGGAUUCGUUUGUCAAGAAACUCAUUGGACAAUAAACCUGUCCUCCAUGUUCCUCUGUCCUAUCCCCUCCCUCCUCCCCAGCCACACACAUCAUCUCAGUACUCUAACUGCACCCAGUGGCCACACUGAGCAUGUGCAGAAAUUGCCCACCCACCCACCUCUGCCUCCUUCUCCUCCCUUCCUAAUGUCCUUAACUUAAAAACACAUUCACACACCCAUCCUAGAAACCUCAACUUCCACUCUUGUGUCUGUAAUUCUGUGCAUAUGUGGUGAGGGUCUGUGCUCACAUACAUAUGCAUCUCAUCCACCAUCUCCUUAUCUGUAAACUAUGCCCCUCUGUCAAAAUGGUGGUAGAGGAGUCUGAGCCAGAGUUUUAUCUGUUUGUUAUGAUAGAUUGUAUAGAACAGUGUUUCCCAAACCCUUUGCUUCAGAGGAACCAAAGCACUUCAUGUUUUAGUGAACUUCCUGCUCCGGCAACCUCGGCUGUGAGCUCAUCACAAUGUUCUAAUGACCUGGAGGCAUCUGGAAGAGUGUUCGGCCAAUCAGGAGGUGGGAGGGACAGAGAACAUGUAGUACUCUGGGUCACCAGGAGGAGCGGGAAAGGGAAACACUAAUAUAGAGUGUACAGCUACUUUACUGUACUAUACUGUAUCAUAAAGAGACAAUGUCUGAUGUUUGGAGUUCAGUGGGCGACAUGAGAGAUGGAGAUAGAGAGAGUGAAUGGUUGGUUUGUUAAAAACUCUCUGCAGUUCUUACCUUUGACCACAUGAGGGCGGGCUUCCCCCAGCAUCACAGGUUCUACACAGUCAUUCUUACACCACUAUGCCUACUAUCGUGAAAGCUGAAUGUGUACGUCAUUGAGGGAAAGAGCUGAUUGUAUGUAUGUACUUUAUGUAUUGUUUUAUGACAGUCAGUGUGAAUUUUUGUUUUGUUUUAUUUUACAGUUCAGCUCUUGUCUGUCUCUUGGUUUGUGACUGUGAAAUAUCUGUGAAGAGGGAAACACGAACAUGGUUAAGGGUUUAAUUUAGCUUUUGUUUCAAUAAAAUAUGUGAUAUGACCAAGUGAUGUGAUUUAAAUAAAAGGUAUUAUAAAAUA